GUCAAAUUAUACAUGGUACUGAUCUUCUCUACUUCCUCGAAGCAUAACUCCAACUUGUUGUUAUAUGAUCAAACAAUUUCAACACAAUUCUACAAAUAUAUGGCCUGAGCUUCAACAUAAACAAAAUUCUUCUCAGCCUUCAUAGCUUCCAAUUCAAGACACCAAUAUGGCUAGUCAUGCCACCGUGCAAAGACCAUCCACCACCACCUCAACAUCCCCAACUCUCCUAACAACUCGUCCCCAUGAACCGAAAGACUCAACACCAAGAGUGAGACUCGAAUUCAGCCUCUGUUUUCCCUUCAACAUCCCCAAGACCCCAGAAGCAGCCGCGGCCCGAAUCAUCAGAAACUUGAGUUACUACAGAUUGUACUACACGCUUUUCAUAUGGAUCAUACUCUUCAUAACCCUCUUGCCGAAGCGUAAGCUCUCGUUGAUCUUCUUGAUAGCAAUGACUGCUCUGACGUGCUCGUUCCUUGCGGUGAUGAGGUUAGUACCUGCUGAUUCUGUUGUCCUGCAAUACAAGAUCAUUGAUAAGCGACUGGUUCUGGCUUUGCUGGUAAUUGCGACCAUGGUUGAGCUCAUAGUCACACGUGCGGCCAUACAUCUGUUUGUGACUUUGGCUUGUGCGACUCCAGUGAUUUUGGUGCAUGCAGUUUUCAGGGUUAGAGAUGAUCUUUGUGUUGAAGAGGAGGCUUCUGCUGCUGGUGAAUUGGUUCCACUCAUAAAAAACACUGAGCCCAAGUUAUCAGAUUCCGUGUGAUUUUCGGUUAAGAUCCAAUUUCCAUAGACGUGAAUGAUGGAUAAUUUGCUCGAUCUUACAAUAUAUUAUAAAGCUAGUUGAACGAAAUUUUCUUGUUUUGGUUGCUGAUUAUAAACCUCGGUCAAUUUUGAAUGUCAAGGACUAUUGAUCUACCGGGAACCUUUGUAUGUUUUUUCUUUUUUGUUUGAUCUCAAAAGGAUAUUAGUUAGUACAAGUAGGUGGCUUUCAAUUUUAA